GCUGCUGAGAAAGAAAGCUUUUCACAGCUCUGCCGAUCGAUCCUUUCAGAGAGGUGGAUAAGCUGCAUCCCGCAAUAUUAAAAAGAAAAUAGGCUUAAAUUUAUGUAGACAGGAUUCCUGAGCUGUUCACAAAGGAAUUCUUGGAUGAUUAACUGCUGCAUCUUUUGAAGCAGAGGAACGAUGGAGACAUCACUCCACAAGGCACCACAGAAAAGGCAAGUGACCGCCAUUAUCUUUCUGUUACUGCUGUGGGAGGCAGGUAGUGCAACCAUUAUGUAUUCCGUUCUAGAGGAGACAGACAGGGGCUCUUUGGUGGGGAACCUAGCAAAAGAUUUGGGGUUGAGUUUAAGGGAGUUGAUUACCAGGGGCGCCCAGAUUCUUUCCAAAGGGAACAAACAGCUCCUGCAGCUGGAGCAGAAGAGUGGAAAUUUGCUCCUGAAAGAAAAAUUGGAUCGAGAGGAGUUAUGCGGGAGCACCAACCCGUGUAUCCUACAUUUCCAGGUGUUACUCAAAAGCCCAGUGCAAUUUAUUCAAGGGGAAAUACAGCUUCAAGACGUAAACGAUCAUGCCCCAGAAUUCAUGGAAGAUGAAAUUCUCCUUAAAAUUGUGGAAAGUAGCCUUCCAGGUGCCGUGUUUCCAUUGAAAAUAGCUCAAGAUUUGGAUGUAGGGAGCAACACGGUUCAGAACUAUACAAUCAGCACCAACGCCCAUUUCCACCUUCUCACCCGCAAUCACAGCGAUGGCAGGAAAUAUCCAGAGCUGGUGCUAGACAAAGCACUGGACCGGGAGGAGCAGGCACAGAUUAGAUUAACACUCACGGCUCUAGACAGGGGGUCACCUCCCAAGACUGGGACUACCCAGGUUGUCAUUGUGGUCCUGGACAUUAAUGACAAUGCCCCUGAAUUUGCCCAAGGGCUCUAUGAGGUGCAGGUUCAAGAGAACAGCCCCGUGGGCUCCCUUGUCCUCACUGUAUCCGCAAGAGAUUUAGAUGCUGGGAUACACGGAGAGCUCUCCUAUUCGCUUUUUCAAUCAUCAAAUCAAGUUCUUCAGGCUUUUGAAAUAAAUACAGACACCGGAGAAAUUAGAGUAAGAAAACUGUUGGACUUUGAGGAAAUUCAGUCUUACCGCAUGGAAAUCGAGGCCUCUGAUGGGGGAGGCCUUUCAGGAAAAUGCACAGUAGUAAUAGAUGUGACGGAUGUAAAUGACAACGCUCCUGAACUCACCAUGUCAGUACUAAUCAGCGAAAUUCCAGAAAACUCACCUGAAACUGUAGUCGCGAUUUUUGGAAUUUCAGAUCCAGACUCUGGAGACAAUGGAAAAAUGGUGUGCUCUGUCCAAGACCGUCUUCCUUUCCUCUUGAAACCUAAUGAAGAAAACUUCUACACGUUGGUAACUGAAAGAGCACUGGACAGAGAGAGCAGAGCUGAGUACAACAUCACCAUUACGGUCUCAGACAUGGGCACACCCAGGCUCACAACCCAGCACACCAUAACAGUGCAGGUGUCUGACAUCAACGACAAUGCCCCCGCCUUCACCCACACCUCCUACACCAUGUUUGUCCGAGAAAACAACAGCCCUGCAUUGCACAUCGGCACCAUGAGCGCCACAGACUCAGAUUCAGGCUCCAAUGCCCACAUCACCUACUCGCUGCUGCCUCCUCAUGAGCCACAACUGGCCCUCGACUCGCUCAUCUCCAUCAACGCAGACAAUGGGCAGCUGUUUGCGCUCAGGGCGCUGGACUAUGAGGUCCUGCAGGCCUUCGAGUUCCAUGUGGGCGCCACAGACGGAGGCUCUCCCGCGCUCAGCAGCCAGGCGCUGGUGCGCGUGGUGGUGCUGGACGACAAUGACAAUGCGCCCUUCGUGCUCUACCCGAUGCAGAACUCCUCUGCGCCUUACACUGAGCUGCUGCCCAGGGCUGCCGAGUCUGGAUACCUGGUCACCAAGGUGGUGGCUGUGGAUCGCGACUCUGGCCAGAAUGCCUGGCUGUCAUUCCAACUGCUCAAGGCUACGGAGCCUGGACUGUUCAGUGUGUGGGCACACAAUGGCGAGGUGCGCACCACCAGGCUGCUGAGCGAGCGCGAUGUGCCCAAGCACAGGCUGCUGCUGUUGGUCAAGGACAAUGGAGAUCCUCCGCGCUCUGCCAGUGUCACACUGCAUGUAUUGCUCGUCGAUGGUUUCUCUCAACCCUACCUUCCUCUGCCAGAGGUGGCGCGCGACCCUGCACAAGAAGAAGAUGUACUAACACUGUACCUGGUCAUUGCCUUAGCCUCUGUGUCUUCUCUCUUCCUGGUGUCUGUGCUGCUGUUUGUGGGAGUGAGGUUGUGCAGGAAGGCUGGGGAGACUUCUCUGGGUGGCUGCUCUGUGCCUGAGGGACACUUUCCUGGCCACCUGGUGGAUGUUAGCGGAUCUGGGACCCUGUCCCAGAGCUACCAGUAUGAGGUGUGUCUGACGGGAGGUACUGGAACAAAUGAGUUUAAAUUUCUUAAACCAGUACUCCCCAACUUCUUGAAUGAAGGAGGUUACAGAAACACGGAGGAGAAUUCCAAUUUUAGGGAUUCUUUGGGGUUUAGCUAGAAAUCACAUUUUGACCUCAUGUGAUGAAUAUUCGGUGAUAUAAUUUUACAACCAUUCACUCGUGGAAAGAGGUCUGCACUAGCAUGAUACUGAUAGUCAUAUUUGUAGCUGAUUCACAUUGUCGAAUAUUCCUUGCAUUUUUUUGCUAACUAUCUUUCCCUCAAGCACACAAUAUAGCUGCAAAAUGUUCUUUCCGUUUUCAUCACUUAAAAAAAAGGUUUAAAAGUUAAGAGGUAUUUUCAGGCUCCUGGUUUCUGAGCAUGUGCAUUGAUUUCUUUUAGUCAAAGAACUCCUGUCUCGAAAGUUCUUGUUAUUGCUAGGAUGAAUUUAAUGCUAUUGUAAAUGAUGGCUUUCAGUUUUAAAAAUAAUUUGCAAUCAGGCAAGCAUUCUUUUGUGAACUUCUAAAUCCUAUGAUUUGGUUGCCUAGUUCCAAGAGCCCCGUUUUCUUUCUUCGAAUGAGCUGUUAUUCGAUCAGGAUUAUGUUUCUAGAUUACGUAUUUCUUUCAAAAUAUAUAAAAGUUAAUUAAAGUAUCUUUUAACAUUC